AUGACUGUCAAAGUCAGAGGUAAAGAUUUAGAUAACCGUUGGGUUGUUCCACAUAAUCCAUAUCUCCUCGCAAAAUUUGAUUGUCACUUGAAUGUAGAAAUUUGCUCAACAAUCAAAGCAGUCAAAUACCUUUAUAAGUACAUUUAUAAAGGUCAUGAUCGUGUUGCUUUCAACUUGAUUCCUGGACAAAACAUCCAAGAUAUAGAUGAAAUCCAACAAUUUCAAUCAGCCAGAUGGAUUGCUCCACCAGAAGCUAUGUGGAGAAUAUAUGGUUUUAUUCUUAAUGAAAUGCAUCCAUCAGUUUACAGUUUACAUCUACAUCUUGAAGAUCAACAUCUGGUAGCUUUUCAUGCACAUGACAACCUUAACAAUGUUCUGAGAUCUGAUUUUACGGCAAAAUCAAUGUUGACUGAAUUCUUUUCAACAAAUCAAGCUAAUGAAAAUGCACGAAACCUACUGUACAAAGAAUUUCCUGAAGCUUUUGUUUGGAACCAGCAACACAAAAUAUGGACUCCAAGAAAGAAGAAAAUUAUUAUAGGCCGCAUUGUUACAGCAAGUCCAUUCGAAAGUGAAAGGUAUUACUUACGGAUAUUGUUAAAUCAUAUAAGAGGCCCUUUAUCAUUUGACCACAUCAAAACAGUUGGCAAUGUCACUGCACCAACCUUUCGUGAAGCAGCUACAUUACAUGGUUUGUUACAAAGAGAUACCAGUUUACAAGAUUGUAUGCAAGAGGCUUCCUUAUACCAAAUACCACACAGUUUAAGACGGUUAUUUGCAACAAUUUUAGUAUACUGGAAUCCAACAAAUCCUAGAGAACUUUGGGAAUAUUUUGAACAAGAUAUGUCAAGUGAUUUCCAAACAAGUGUUGCAACAUCAGCAGAUAUUAGGACAAAAGUCUUACGAAGCAUCUCUUCUACACUUGAAUCGAUGGGAAAAGACAUAAACAUGUUUCAUUUAAUAGAACAUGAUGUCUCUUUUGAUCAGAACGAAACUGAAGUUAGAGAAAUAAAUGAUGAAUUUACAGUUCUGAUGCCAGAAGAAGAUCUUAUGGCUUCGAUGAGUCUUAAUUCUGAACAACAACACACAUAUGAAUCAAUUUUGCAGAAAGUACUUCUAAAUGAAUCUGCUGCAUUUUUCAUUGAUGGUCCGGGUGGAACAGGGAAAACAUUCUUAUAUAAAGCACUUCUCGCUACAGUAAGAUCAAGAAACUUAAUUGCUCUUGCAACUGCAUCGUCUGGUGUUGCUGCAUCUAUUUUACCUGGGGGUUGA